AUGGAUUUAUCGAAAUAUGGGAAUGCCCAGUAUUUGGUGCGAAGGUCGGUUUAUGCUGAACCAUCUUUUCAAGAAGAAAAUGAAAAAAAGGAGAUUUUACGAAAAACAUAUUGUGAAAGACUGAAAAAUAGCUGCAGCUGUUCAGGUAGAAGAGUCUUCUUGGUAAUCAAAUCUAUUUUCCCAAUACUGGACUGGCUUCCGAAAUACAGAUGGAAGGAGUGGAUAAUAAGUGAUAUAAUCUCUGGAGUCAGUACUGGACUGGUAUCAACUCUACAAGGAUUGUCCUUUGCCCUGCUUGCCUCGGUACCUGUUGCUUAUGGCCUGUAUUCAGCAUUUUUUCCUGUAUUGGUAUACUGUUUUCUGGGGACUUCAAAGCAUCUUUCAAUCGGACCAUUCCCUGUGGUAAGCUUGAUGGUGGGUGGGGUUGUUCUUCAGAUGGCUCCAGAUGAAAACUUUCGUCUAAACACUACAGGAUCAGAUGCAUUGUUCGACGUGAAAGCAAUGAAUGAAAAAAGGGUAUUAAUUUCAGGAACACUCUGCUUCUUAAUUGGAAUUAUACAGUUAAUUCUUGGCAUCCUUCAGAUUGGUUUCAUUGUCAGAUAUCUUGGGGAACCACUGGUCGGAGGAUUCACAACUGCUGCAGCUUUCCAGGUUCUUGUCUCACAAAUAAAGCAACUCCUUAAUGUCCCCACAGAAAACUACAAUGGAAUCCUGUCAAUUAUAUAUACAAUUAUUGAUAUCUUCAAGAACAUUGCUAAGACCAACAUCUGUGAUCUCAUUGCUGGACUGCUGUCAUUUAUAGUAUGUGUGGUAGUAAAGGAAAUCAAUGAAAGAUUCAAGCAUAAGCUUCGUGUCCCAAUUCCAAUAGAAAUUAUUGUGACAGUAGUAGCUACAGGGAUAUCUUAUGGAGCAAAUUUUGAAAAAAACUAUAAAGCUGGAAUUGUGAAGAGCAUCCCCAGUGGGUUCGUAAAACCCAUAGCUCCAGAUGUCAGCAUGUUUUCUGAAAUGAUUGGCUCUGCAUUUUCCACCGGAAUAGUUGCAUAUGCUGUAGCUGUGUCUGUGGCAAAAGUCUAUGGAACCAAAAACAACUAUCCUAUAGAUGGGAACCAGGAAUUUAUUGCAAAUGGAGGCAGCAAUUUGAUUGGUGGAAUAUUCUCCUGCUUCUGUGUCAGUACUGCACUCUCACGAACUGCAAUCCAGGAGGGCACUGGUGGAAAAACCCAGUUGGCCAGCCUGGUUGCAGCUAUAGUGGUACUGAUUGCUAUAAUGGCAUUAGGAAGGCUCCUGGAACCGCUGCAGAAGUCUGUCUUGGCAGCUAUUUGCAUAGCCAAUCUAAAAGGCAUGUUCUGGCAAAUUCGUGAUGUGCCCAGACUUUGGAGAGAGAACAAGUGGGAUUCGAUUAUUUGGGUAUUUACAUGCAUUGCAGCAAUUCUACUUGGCCUGGAUUUGGGUUUAUUGGCUGGUCUGGUGUUUGGAUUACUGACUGUUGUCCUACGUGUCCAGUUUCCUUCUUGCUGCUCUCUUGGGAAUGUUGCAAAUACUGAGCUCUACAAAGACUUGAAAAUUUACAAAAAUCUUGUUGAGCCAGAUGGAGUGAAAAUUGUCCGCUUCUCUAGUGGCAUAUUCUACGGCAAUAUUGAAGGACUCAAGAACGGUAUUAAAAAAAUUGUUGGAUUUGAUAGUGUCAGAGUUUUUACUAAAAGGACAAAAGCCUUGAGAAAGAUUCAUAAACUUAUAAAGAAAGGACAGCUGACAACUACAAAGAAUGGUAUAAUCACCCCAGUGGGUAUAGACAACUUGGGAUAUGACUCACAAGAUGACCCUGAAGAUCCUCAAGGACCCGAGAAUGAUGGCAUUCAAACAAAAGAAGUUGAGAUUCAAGUAGACUGGAACUCAGAGUUGCCCGUUAAAGUUUCUGUCCCAAAAGUGACCAUCCACAGCGUUAUUUUUGAUUUCAGCCAAAUAACUUUCCUUGAUGUGGUGGCCGUGAAAGUCCUUAAGCUGAUAUUUAAAGAAUUUAGGAGGAUUGAUGUAGAUCCUUACAUUGCUGCUUGUGACGAUAACAUGUUUAAGAAAAUGGAGGACUGCUCUUUCUUUGAUGACACAAUCAAGAGUGAUGUCUUUUUCCUCACGGUUCAUGAUGCUGUCUUACAAAUAGAACAUACACAGAAAUCCAAGAAUGGAAAUGAUCCUAUACUAGAGAAGAUUUCACUAAUGAUGGAUUCGAAAACUCCAUUUGAACAUCUGUUUAUGGAUCCAGCAUACCAGGAGCUACAAGAACCAGACGAGGCAAUGAGAGCGUUGGCAUUUUGAAGAAAAUAAAGAAUGCUGCUGUAACUAAUUCAUCACAUAUCUGGACUGAAUUUUUAUUAAUAUUAAUUCAACUUUUGCUAACAAUAAAAUCAGACCUAACAUUGCUUACAAUGAUCAGACCUACAAAGUAAGCCACACUUGUCUUGCCUUUCCAGAAGGUCCUGAGCAAUUCAAAGUCCACAAAUUAGGACAGAUCUAUUCAGGCUUGUGCCAUGUUAUUCUGUAAACAUAAGAUGUAUGAACUUACAGCUGCAGGUUACUAUGCACUAGAAAAUCUUAUAAAUCCUCAAAGAGUUUUAGAAGUAGUUGCUUAGACCUACUAAUCAGUACAUGUGUGCUUGCUCUCCUGUUAGUUAAUAAACUAUAUCAAACCUUUAGGACAGAACCUGG